AUGACGGAACAGCCGAAGCUGGCCAAGUUCUUUGGCGGCGGUUCGAGCAGCAGCGAAGGUGCCGCACAAGGAUCUGCAAAACCCCGUCAGCCAGACAUCAAGUCGGCUUUCGCACAAAAACCACCCAAGACAGCUCCCCAGCCGCCUUCGACCAACGGAUCCUCCACAACAAAGGAUGCUGCACCGGCUCCCACCACUUCAUCCUCCUCGUCGAAGCGGGAUUCCUCUACCAGCAACGGUGGCGCCCACGGUAACGCGGACAAUGCGUCGACCGACGUAUCACCUCCACCGCAGAGAAAGAAGCGUCGCAUCAUCGAGUCAGACGACGACGAUCCCGACAAUGAGCCCGUUCCACCUCCCGUGUCAGCAUCUGCUGCUGCUGCGCCGUCCAGCACAAAAGUCGCCUCCAUCUUUGCCAAGCCACCGCCUAAGACAAGCGUAACCGCCAACAAGGCCCAGCCCAUCAAGGACGAUGCUACGGACACCGACUCUGAUUCAGCCAGCGAGCACGUUCCUGCCGACGAAGACGAAGACGUCGAAGACGAAGAACAGGCCAUCGAAGAAGAGGAGCAAAAGGGCGCCAAAAAGCUCGCAGCCAUCUUUCAGAGGCCUUCCGAAGUCAAAGAAGGCAAAGUCACAUGGAAGGAUGGAGAGGCCGUACCCUAUGCCGCGCUCGCUUCCACCUUUGCCGACAUCCAAGCCACCACCAAGCGGCUCGAGAUCACCGAGAUCCUCACCCAGUUUCUCGUGCGCGUCAUCAAACGAUCCCCAGACAAUCUGCUGCAGGUCGUCUACCUGUGCAUCAACCGACUGUGCCCGGACUACGAAGGCCUCGAGCUGGGUAUUGGGGAAUCGCUGCUUAUCAAAGCUAUUGCUCAGUCGACGGGUCGUGAGGUGGCGCGCAUCAAGAAGGAUCUCGAGGCGCAAGGUGAUCUGGGCCUGGUCGCGCUCAAUUCGAAAAAGAACCAGCCGACCAUGUUCAAGGUAUCCAGCCUCAAGGUGCCGCAGGUGUUCAAGCAGCUGAAAGAGAUUGCGGGGGUGAGCGGCAACAAGUCGCAGGAUCGCAAGAUUGGUAUGAUCAAGAAACUGCUCGCUUCGUGUCAGGGCGAGGAACCCAAGUUUCUCAUCCGCUCUCUCGAGGGCAAACUUCGCAUCGGCCUCGCUGAACGGUCCGUGCUCGUCUCGCUCGCUCGAGCCGUCGUCAUAUCUCGACUUGGCUCCAAAGUCUCCAAGUUGUCCCAAGAAUCGCUCGCCAAGCAGCUCGAGGACGGCACCGAGCUCGUAAAAGCAGUAUACUCUGAACUGCCCUCCUACGACCUCGUUGUGCCCGCGCUGCUCAAGGGCGGAGUGGAAGGUCUGCGCGAAGAGUGCAAGCUGACCCCCGGAGUUCCCCUCAAACCCAUGCUGGCCAAGCCGACCAAAGCGAUCUCCGAAGUGCUAGAUCGGUUCGAGGGCAAGCCGUUCACGUGUGAAUACAAGUACGAUGGCGAACGAGCCCAGGUGCACCUGUUGCCAGACGGCAAAUUAGCGGUCUUCUCGCGAAAUUCGGAAAACAUGUCGGUCAAGUAUCCGGACCUAGUCGAGCAGAUUCCGCGCUGCAUCAACCCAUCCGUCAAGUCGUUUGUGCUCGACGCCGAGGCGGCAGCCUGGAAGAAGGCCGAAGUCGACCCGGAGACAGGCGUCGAGGAGCCAGCGAAGCUGCUGCCGUUCCAGGAGCUCUCGCGCCGCAAACGUAAGGACGUCAAGGCGGAAGAUAUCAAGGUCAAGGUCAAGCUCUUCGCGUUCGACCUGCUGUACCUCAACGGCGAGCCUUUGCUCUCCCUCCCGCUCUCGGAACGUCGCGCGCUGCUGCAUGCUCACUUCCACCCCGUCGACGACGAGUUCGACUACGCCCGCUCCGAGGACUGCAACUCGGUCGAAGAGAUCUCUGUGUUCCUCGACAAGUCCGUCAAAGAAGGCUGCGAGGGUCUCAUGGUCAAGAUGCUCUCCGGACCUGACGCCACCUACGAGCCCUCGCGUCGGUCGAUGAACUGGCUCAAGCUGAAAAAGGACUACCUCGCGGGAACAGGCGAUUCGCUCGACCUCGUCGUCAUCGGCGGCUACUACGGCAAGGGCAAACGCACCAACGUCUACGGCGCCUUCCUCCUUGCCUGCUACGACGCCGACUCGGAAACGUACCAGACCAUCUGCAAGAUCGGCACUGGCUUCACCGAGCAGGACCUCGAAGCGCACUACAAGACGCUCAAGGAGCUCGAGAUCAGCGGCAAGAAGGGCUACUACGACGUCGGCGAGGCCAAACCGGAUGUCUACUUUGAGGCCAAGGUGGUAUGGGAGGUAUUGACGGCGGAUCUGAGCUUGAGUCCCGUGUAUACGGCCGCCAAGGGGUUGAUUGAGCAGAGGGGAGUCAGUUUGAGGUUCCCCAGGUUCAUCCGGAUCCGCGACGAUAAGACGGCAGAAGAGAGCACCAGCCCGGAGCAGAUCGAGAGCAUGUAUCGUUCGCAGGUGGUGAACAGCAGUAAGAGCAAGAGCGGGGGCGGUGACGAUGAUGACGGCUUCUGGUAG